AUGAAUCACAACAAGGAAAUACUUUUUAAGGCGCCAAUUUUGUAUCGUCCUCGGGAUAUUAGUUAUUUUUGUUUUGCUUUGCUUUGUUUUUGUUUCGAAUAGGAGUAAUUUUUAUCGCUGCUCUUGUCGUCGCUAAAUCGCCAAAAUGACAGAAAACACGUUCCCGGUGUACAAAGUGGACGCGAUAGUGAACUUUUACCGAACCGAAGUGCUCACAGGUCAAGAGGCAAAACAUUUCACCAAGAGCGACUUGACUCCGACGCCAAAGCCAGAGUCAGUCCAAAGGUUAUACAUGAGGAUACUGCAUCUCCUGUACCGCUUCAGACCCGAGUGCCACUCCAUGGUUCCGCUCAUGGAAAACAUCCAGUAUCCUGCAUUUCAUGAGUGGCCGACUGCUAUUAUGAGUGUUUACCUGCGCAUGCAGCAGUUUUUGCCUAUGUGCUGUGUUUAUGACUUCUCACUCAAUGACCUUCUGGCUCCAAAAGCGAAGAAAACUAUUGUUAUUCUAAGUGGAAUCAUGAACUUUCUGCACUUCAGGAAGCAGAGGAUGGAGAUGACCUUGGAGCAGCAGGCCAGAUUUAGGUCAGAUAUGGACAAUUUCCAGACUUACACCAAGGGAAUAAAAGAAGCAGAGAAAAAGAUUGAAAUGUUGACGACAAUCCCUCCGGAGCAGCAGGCUGAGGCCAAGGAGCUGGCAGCCGCCAUCUCCGAACUCCAGGCUGCCACUGCGCACCAAUACCAGGAAGCAAAUGGAAUAAGUGAUGCCAAUGCAGAGCGGAGAGCCAAAAUUGCAGAGAAGACACAGAAACUGGCUCAGCUGAAGGUGGACGUCAGCACCCUGAAGGAAGACAUCAGUAAGCUCAAGUCUCAGAUCGUGGAGUCUCCAGAGGAGCUGACCAGCCAGAUGGAGAAGAUGAGGGAGAACGUGAAGAACAUCAAGAGCUCCAUUGAACGCGCUGAUGAGUACAUAGUGGAGCUGCAGAACACGAUGCAGAGUGUGAGCCAGGGCGAAGCCGAGAUCCAGCUGAUGCACAACCUGCUGCUGGAGCUGCAGACCGGCAUGAACAACACCAAGCAGCGACAGGAGGAGGUCCAAGAGCUGGCAGCUGUGUAUGAGAAGAAGCAGAAGGAGAUGAAGAACCUGGGCACUGAGGAAAACCAGUUAAGGAGGGCUCUGGGCAUGAAGCUGGACAAGGAAUCCAAACAGCAGAUCCGCAGACAGAAGAAGAAAGACAUGAAGGACCAGCAUGUUCAGGAUGUGUUGAGGCAGUGUGACCAAGUCCAUCAUAAGCGUGAAGAGAUGGCCGACCAAAUCCAGGAGAUCUCCAGGGAGACGCAGCAGCUGAAGGCCAACAUGCAGAGCCUGAGGGACGUGUGCAGCAAGGAGACCAAGAACGCACAGGAUCUGUACGACAGCGUGUUAUCCUCGCUGGAUGAGUUGCACAAGAGGAUCGAGAUGCACAUUGUGGACCUGAACCAAGAUAUCAGCAAGAUGUCUGCUAACUUUUAGAUGACUCUUCUUUUUUUUCACCUUUCUGGCCAAACUUAUAUAUUCCUGUUGUGUUUUUUACUGUUCUGUUCUAAAGUUUUUAUCUGUUAAACUAUUCUAACACUUUUGCCUCGUCAGAUGUUAAUUAUUGGCUAAAAUGUAGUGAAAGUGCAUGUACAUGUCAAUAAAAAAAUGAAAGAAA